GCGGAAGCUGUGGCUUCCAGUGUCUGAGCCUCCCCCGCGUAGGGUGCGCCCCGCAAGCUUAUCCUGCCCCGGAGCAGCACGGGCACCCAGCCCUCGCUCCGUAGCCGCUGCGAGAUGCUGCGCUCCACGUCCACUGUCACCCUGUUCUCAGGUGGCGGUGCCAAGUCGCCUGGGACGCCCAGUAGAAGGGCAAAUGUCUGCAGACUGCGGCUGACCGUGCCUCCUGAGAAUCCAGUGCCGCAGCAAACAGAAAAGAGGAUUGAGAGGAAAGAUCAGCCUCCAGAACUAAGCAAUGGAGAACCUACCAAGAAGCUGCCUCAGGGUGUUGUCUACGGUGUGGUGCGAAGAUCGGAUCCCAAUCAGCAGAAGGAAAUGGUCGUGUAUGGCUGGUCCACCAAUCAGCUGAAAGAAGAAAUGAAUUACAUCAAAGAUGUGAGGGCCACACUGGAGAAAGUGAGGAAGCGGAUGUACGGAGACUAUGAUGAGAUGAGACAGAAGAUCCGACAGCUCACCCAAGACCUGUCGGUUUCCCAUGCUCAGCAAGACUAUCUAGACAGCCACAUCCAAGCCCAGGCAUCAGCCCUGGAUAGCUUCAAUGCUAUGAACUCAGCAUUGGCAUCGGACUCUGUUGGCUUACAGAAAACCCUUGUGGAUGUGACUUUGGAAAAUAGCAACAUCAAGGAUCAAAUCAGACAUUUGCAGCAGACCUACGAAGCGUCCAUGGACAAGCUGCGAGAGAAGCAGAGGCAGUUGGAGGCUGCUCAAAUGGAAAACCAGCUGCUGAAGAUGAGGGUGGAGUCAUCGCAAGAAGCCAAUGCUGAGGUGAUGCGGGAGAUGACGAGAAAGCUGUACAACCAGUAUGAGGAGAAACUUCAGGAGGCACAGCGCAAGCACAGCGCGGAGAAGGAGGUGCUCCUGGAAGAAACCAACAGCUUUCUGAAAGCGAUUGAAGAGGCCAAUAAGAAGAUGGAGGCGGCUGAGCUCAGCCUGGAGGAGAAAGACCAGAGGAUUGGGGAGCUGGACAGGCUGAUUGAGCGCAUGGAGAAGGAACGGCAUCAACUCCAGCUCCAGCUCCUUGAGCAUGAGACAGAAAUGUCAGGGGAGAUGGCAGAUUCUGACAAGAACAGGUACCAGCAGCUGGAGGAAGCAUCGGCCAGCCUCCGCGAGCGGAUCAGACACCUGGACGACAUGGUGCACUGCCAGCAGAAAAAGGUCAAGCAGAUGGUUGAGGAGAUCAUGUCGCACGAGCUCUUCUCUACGUUUAGUCUCCGGCUCUUUGGAAGAUGAUAAGAUGGUAGAGGCAGAGGUGGACGCGUCUUACUGGGUGUGAUUAGAAGAACACUUGUACACUCUGCAGGGAGGAGUUGGUGUGUAUCUGUGCUGAUCCCUGGAGCAGACAGGGAAGAUAUGCUAUUCAGAGGAACCCCUGGGGUGCUCACUUGUGAGAGCACUCUCACACAGUAGCCUCUACACAUACAACCUUAAACUGCACAUCCAAGAACUCUGAGAUCCACGGGGAUAUUUUGUUUUUGAAACUUGGGUUCCUAGACAUCAAAGCAAGAACUGCACUGAAAAAGACUAUUAAAAUAAUUGAGAAACUGCCGGGUGGAACAUCCCCAGAAGAUGCUCACUGAGGAGAAGGGAAGAGAGGCGAAGCGCGCUAGCGCUCUGGGAAGGAGGCGCUCCGAGCUGGAUCACACUCCCCAAAAUGCUGAUGCAGCCAAAUGUCCUCAUAGUUUGGUUUACUUUGUAUAUGGUGGCCCUCGUAUUUGGAGAUGGCCCUCUAGGUGUCUUCUCUGAGUGACAGUCUACAGUCAUUGUCCAAUAAUGUCUCUCGUCUCGUUUAAGGAAAGUUUGGUUUGCUUCUAACCCUCUGAGCAUUUUGCCUGAAUAGACACAGUUCAAACAACUUCAGGAAAAGUGGGAGUGCCCAGUGAAAAGAGAAAUACAUCUGACUAAAAUGUACGGGAGUGAGAUAAGCAAGGCAUGCGACGUGCGUGAUGUGCGUGAUUUAUCUUCGUAGAGGCUUUGUUAAUCACCAGCAUGCUGUUAUUUCAGCAAAAUGUAGCAAGGGUUGCUGGGAGCUAGCGGGCGGUACUGCAGCAGUGUGAGUUAAGGGUGGUAUGGGCCUCCAUAAGCCAGUAAACCUGGGUGGUGGAGCGAGUAUCCCUCUGGCCUUGGCAUUCUACAAGUCUCUUGUUUUGACGUUUCUUUAUGGGGAAGUGUUUGUUGGGUGGACGCUGCCUUGUCAGUGUUUGCCGUGUCUUUAUGUAUCUGUGCUCUUGUCAACUCCAGCUUAUGGGGGCAAGGACAGGAAGGAAGCAGAGGAGUCGGCUCCGUACCUGUAAAGGGAUCUUGGUGCUGUGAACUUGGCUGUGGCCCAUUUAAAGCCAGACCUCCACAUACCCUAUAGGGAGUACCAAAGUCAGAGUGGAAAAGUCGUGCAUCCCCUCGUGAUUCUGGGUGGUGACUUACCCGUACUCUCCCUAGGGACCCAGUCUCUGUAAUUUCUUCUGGAGCAAGUCAUUACCCAGUUUUAGAAGGUAAAACCACAGGACUUAAGGGAGUAACCCUGAACCCCAGAGAGGGUGGAUCUUGGGUGAAUCUCUCUCCUACUGUGGUGUGCUUAUGUCUGUCCGAAGUUUCUCCUCUCUUGGGCUGAGGUUAGUCCAAAGGAUGACCUUGUUCUGCGGAUCGGAUGGGGAGUUGCCCUCUACAUGUUUCCUGAGGUCUGCCCUCCCCUUCUGUCCUGAUGCUGGUUGUAGACUAAGUGGUGACCUUCGUACAUCUGGGUCUUCUGUUGCUCAAGGCUUUUCCUCCACAAUCCUGUGUCUCAGAUCUCUGUCUCGUAACCCAGGCUAGCAUGGGAUCAACCUGACUUACCUUGCUGCCAAACCCAACUCGUGUUCAAAUCCUUUGUCACCCUCUCCCCUCUUUCCCUCUUCUGGCUCUUACCCUUCAUCUGGACUUCUGAGGCUGUUUCUUAUCUCCUGGCUGCUCUCCACCUCAUCUUAAGGAGAUACUGCUCAAAACUUGAGGCAGGAUUUUUUUUUUAUAGCCAGUGAACAUGUUAUUGUUUCAAAGUCUAGUGGUUCACAUAAUAUCGUCACUUCUUUAUUUUAAAAUCUUAACACUUUAUGUAAAGUAUUAUGAAGUUUUUAGAAGUAUCACAAAGAACACAGUUGGGUCAGCCUUUCUUCUCUAUGUAUUCUAGAUUAAAACAAAACCACAAGAACAGACGGGCCACACAUAGCCAGUGCCUUUAGUGUGUAAUCCUUGUCAGCCUGGUGCGUGUUCACUGUGGAUUGGGAGACGCAGUGGUGUCCUCUGCUGGCUGGUCAGGCUUCUGUGAACUAAUGCUCAGGCUUCGCUGAGUUUUAAAAUCAAUCCUUUACCUCCCCUCCUGAUAAAUUGUACAAACACUCUGUAUUGUUGUCAUGGAUCAUUUAUUGAAAAAAUACUUGAGUGGUGUUAUUUAUUAUCUGCUAGUAGGUGAGAUUUGUUUGUGGCAUCUCUUACAUAAAUACUGUUUUUUCUAUGGUUACAUUUAUCAAUUUUCUACAAUGUUGUAUGUCUUGUUUGUCAUUUUCCAUAAUAGUUUUAAAGUUGUGUUUGUCAUCUUUAUCUUUCAUUGGAACCCGCGUGUCCAUCCCCUCCCCUUUCCAUCCUCUGUUUUUGUCUGUGGCACUUACACCAUAUUUGGUGUGUUUUGCCUUCAUCCCUCUGUGGUUGUUCUUCUUGGUUUGUUUGUGUCUUUCUCCCCCUUAUAGAAUGGAAGCUCUGUGAGGGCAGGGUCUUUGGCCUGUUUCAUUCAUGACUGUAUUCCUAAUGUCUAGAAUGGUCACUGGUAUCCAGUAGGUGC